GAACUGGCGGGACUUUCAGUGGCAGAAUCUUCUUCAGAAAGAGAGUUGCUGUGAUAGUGGAACAGACAGGAACAAUAACAUUAAUAAACAUCACCCAGAAUAUUAACACAGACAUCAGCAGGUGUCCAGGAUGAAGGCAGCCAUUGACAAAAUUCUGUCCUUAUCUGAAGGGGAAGGUGUAAAGGAACUCCAGCAUCACCUUACUUCUCUAUCUGAUGAUCAGCUUACUGCUCUGAUUACAAAUGCUGCCCUAAAAGGAAAGGAUACAACAGCCUUGAUUAAAUCUGUAUUCAAAGGCUCACCUGUAAAUAGUUCAGAGGGAACCAGUCGCAGGUUGUGUAUUUAUAAGCACUGUAUUCCUCUUUGUGAAUCUGGAGAAUUACAGACUGAAGUGGCCUCAGACAUUAUUGGGUUGCUUAUGUUGGAGACACAUACUCUACCUGGCCCUGCUCUGGCAGCAUUAGCAUCUCUCUAUGUGGAUGCUAUUAAAGGUGGAGAAAUAGGCAGUGGCAAAUCGCUGGAACUCUUUCCCACCAUCCUUACUGCCCUGGCAGCUACCGAGACUGUGGCUUAUGGCAAAGGAGAGUUAAGUGGAGAGGAGUACAAAAAGCAGCUGAUCAAUAGUCUUUGUUCAAGCAGGUGGGACCCACAGUGUGUGAUCCACCUUACAACCAUGUUCAGGGAUGUGCCGUUAUCUACAGACGAGCUUCAAUUUUUGAUUGAAAAGGUCCUCAGGAUGUUCCUCAAGCUGGACCUGCAAGAAAUUCCUCCUCUUAUUUACCAGCUGCUGCUUCUUUCGGCGAAGGGCUGUAAAAAGCUAUUGCUGGAAGGAAUUAUUAACUACUUUCGACAACAGGAUAGGCAACAGAAAGAAGAGCAAACCAAAGGGGAAAGUAUGGAUGUUGAGGUGCAAACCAUCCCCCACGACCAGCUCAGACAUGUGGAAGGAACUGCUAUUCUGCACAUUGUGUUUGCUAUUCGCCUUGACCAUGAGCUUGGAAGAGAGUUUUUAAAAAGCCUUAAGGUAUCCCAGGGACAGCCACUGUGUCCUUUUAGCAUUGCGCUUCUGCUUUCUGUGGCUCGCAUCCAGCGCUAUGAAGAACAAGUGUUUGAGUUCCUCAAAGGAGCCAUCACUAGGAAUUUCAAGGACGAGCAGGUUCAGCAGGGUUCUAAAUUCCUGCGGGAUCUGCUGCCACCCUGCCACAGUAUCUCCCAAAUGAUUCUGGACACAGUCAGAAACAGCGUGUUUGGCUGGGAUCAUGUUACACAGAGCUUGGUACAGUUAGGAUUUAUCCUUAUGGACAUGUUUGGACCAAAAGCAGGACCUUUUGGGAAAACCACAGAAUCUCACACUGCUGCAGCUAAAACACCUUCCCAGCUAUCAUGUAAACUUGGUGGACAAGUUCUUCUUGAGAGCUUUAAGAUGCACGAGCCAAUCAGAGCAGAGAUUUUGGAGCAAGUUCUGAAUCGACUGGUUACUAAGACUGCUUCACCAGUUACUCAUUUUAUUGAGCUGCUUUCCAACAUCGUUACGUCUGCUCCCAUGAUUCUCCUGGAGUCCUCCUCAAAAGUGAUAGAGACUUUUGACCAGCUAUCCUUUCUGCCCCUUAGCACAGUGCAGGGCCUUCUCAAAGCUGUACAGCCAUUACUCAAGGUCAGCAUGAGCCUAAAGGAUGCUUUGAUUCUGGUGCUGAGGAAAGCCAUGUUUUCCAGUCAGCUGGAUGGGAGAAAGUCUGCGGUGGCUGGCUUUCUCCUGCUGCUAAAGAACUUCCGGGUCUUGGGCAGUGUGGCCUCCAGUCAGGCCAGUCAAAUGUUAACUUCUAGCCAGGUACAAGCAGAUGUUCAUUCCCGCUAUAAUGCCGCUGCUAACGAGGCUUUCUGUUUGGAGAUCCUAAGCAGUCUUCGCCGCUGCCUCAGCCAGCAGGCGGAUGUGAGGCUCAUGCUCUACGAGGGUUUUCCUGAUGUUCUGAGGCGCAACUCCCAACUGGCAGGUUCCAUAAUGCAGACCCUUCUGUCCCAGCUGAAACGAUUCUAUGAGCCGGAGCCGGACCUUCUGCCCCCUGUGAAGCUGGAGUCGUGUAUUAGUGCACAGGGAGACCAGGUUUUCCUACAGGAGCCUCUGGGUCAUUUGGUUUCCUGUACCAUCCACUGCCUUCUGUGGUAUCAGAAUGUUCAUACACCCUCUGAAGGUGACAGUGAUGAUGAAGAUCUGGAUGAUGAAGGAGGAUUUCAGGACGAGCUCCAUGCAAUAUUAGAAAGUAUAACUAGGCGCAUGAUCAAGUGUGAGCUGGAAGAUUUUGAGCUGGAUAAGUCUGCUGAGUUCUCCAUGGCAUCCAGUGUUGGGGUGAAGAAUAGUAUCUACUCUGUGCUGGUGAUGGGAUUGUAUGAGGUUCUCAUCGAAUACAACUUCAUCAUGGCCAACUACAAUAAGAACCGUUUUCAGGACAUACUGGAGCUCUUCAAUCGCUACCACAAGUUGGCUGAAAUCCUAAAAGAAAAAUCAGGCAAAGGCCGCACCUCAUCGAACAAAACCCCACGCAGUCUUCUCUCUGUUGGAUUUGUAUCCAUCUUGCUAACUGCUCUCUUUCGAGACAGCGCUCAGACUCAUGAGGAGAGCCUGUCAGUGCUGCGCUCCAGUGGAGAGUUCCUGCGCUACUCUGUGAGCGUGGCUCUACAAAAAGUCCAGCAAUUGGAGGAGACGGGCCACACAGAUGGGCCUGAUGGCCAGAGCCCUGACAAGACCUUCCGCCAUCUCUGUGACAUUACCAGUGUGCUAAUGUGGCGGUACACUAACAUUCCAUCGACUGUGGAAGACACAGACAAGAAGGAAAAGAGUCAAAGUGUAUCUUUGCUGUGUCUGGAGGGGUUACUGCGUAUCUUCAGCACUGUGCAACAUCAGUUCCCCACCAAAGUGACCAGCUUCCUGUGUUCACUUGAUGCUUCCAGACAGGAGGAGUUGGAGGGAGAGAAUGAAAAUGCCAACCUGACUGAAAAGACUGCCUUCUACAUUCGGCAGUUUCAGCGUGCUCUGUUCAGCCAACUGAGUGGAAAUGAGGAGGAUUUUAAUAGCAAAGAGGCCCAGCUGCUGGUCAGCAUCCUCGGUUCGCUCUCACGACUGCUUGAUCCCUCUUCCCAACAGUUUGUCCAGAUGAUUACAUGGACAGUCAAAAUUUGCAAAGAAACCAGCUUUGAGGACAUAUCUUUCAGUAAGGGUCUGCUGUCUCUGCUGUUUAAUCUGCAUGUUCUCUAUAAAAGUCCUGUGUCUUUGCUGUGGGAGAUGUGUCAGGACAUCCACAGCCAGCUUGGAGACAUAGACCAGGACGUGGAGGUGGAGAAGCAGUCCCACUUUUCCAUUAUAAGCAUGAAGACAGCAGCUUCGACCACACUCUUAGUCUUGUCCCAAGUGGGCAGGGUACUGGAUGAAGUGGACUGGUUAAUUGCCAAGAAAAAAAGCCAAUUAACGUCUGAUAAGACCACAGGAGGUGCCACUCAGCCAUUAGCCCAGCAGGACCUUGUAGAGAAGGCCAUGACUCUGCAGUUGGGAACACUGCUAACUGCUCUAAAUGAGCUAGUACAGACCGCACUGCCCCCUGGAGCCUGCACAGACGCUUUACUCAGAGAGCUCAGUCGAACCUAUGCCAUCUUCACCACCCUUAUUAAAUAUUAUAUCCAGGUGUGUGCAUCACAUCCUGGCCAACUCCCUGCUCGUCUGGAGAAACUGGUGAAGCUUUCCGGUUCUCAUCUUACUCCUCAAUGCUAUUCAUUCAUCACAUAUGUACAGAGUGGUGAGGGGAAUGAAAAAAAGAAGAAAAAGAAAGAAGAGGAUGCUGUUGUGGCUGCUUCUGCUAAGGUUCUUCGUGACACCAAACCUAUCCCCACGCUGAUCUACAAUAUUGAACAGUAUGAGAAAUUUCUGAUUGUUUUGUCCAAGAAAUCAAAGGUAAAUCUGAUGCAAUACAUGAAGCUGAGCACUUCAAGGGAUUUUCGGAUCAAUGCUGCCACUCUGGAUGCUGCACUGCAGGAGCAGGAAGCAAGCCAACAGACUGAAGCAUCACAAGUUGCUGAGGAGAGUCAGGCUCCCAAGAAGAAAAGAAGACAGCAGUAAAAAAAAAAGAAACAUGCACUUUU